AUGGAAGAAACAGGAUGGAGUGAUAUGGUAGAGAAUUACCCCAAAAAUACACAAAUGGUCAAGUUUUUAACACUAAUAGAUUUGAGAGAGAACAAUGAAAUACGCAUGGCAGCAAAGAACAUAGACAAAUGUAAUUGUGACUUGACCGCCCAGAGUAAAGAAGUUUUAUGUAGGUGGAGGAGAGACAGAUUAGUAAGACCUACAAUACGUGUCCUUGAACAAGCUUUGGUAAAUAGUAGAAAAGGUGCACGGUGUUUAGAUGAAGUUGUAAGGAAUGUUGAUCCGAAAACACUAAGAGCUGUAGAAACCAUUACAGAUAGAAUCAGAGAUAAUGCAGACAAAAUCAUACAGGACAUACAAAUCAGCCAGAUUUUAUACCAUAUGAUGACACAUCUGGUGAUAUCUGCAAACGACAGACGUGAUAUUGAACAUUAUCCUCGACAAAAUGAUCAGAACAAAGCAUUGCUGGAUAUUGUGAUUUAAAGGAGAGAACCUUCUUACAGUGUGUUUGUUGAUGGAUUACGUAAUUAUGGAUACGAAGAUAUCG